CAACCAUUGGCAAGACCACCAGUAAGCAAGGAGAAUUCACUACCAUUACUGUUUGAAUAAUGUCGCAUGAAAAAAUAACAACAGUAAAAAACGUAUAUGACAAAUUAUUAUCAAUGAUAUCCUUAGCACUCACAACUAGUUUGAGCGCAUAGACUGGCAUCAAUAAAUACAGCAAUUAAUCUUUGAACAUAAGUUAUUAAAGGCUUUCAAGCCAGCAAUUUGUUGUGAGGCUAUGCGGCAACUUAGCAGCAACAGCUGAAGGCAGGAGCAACGACAGCACCAGGAGUGUGAGCGAAUGGCCAAACACCAGCUUACACUGCCUGUAAGAAAUAGAUAACAGUUUACAGCCUUAAACUAGCAAAGCCGCAAAAUGCAAAAGGAGAACAAUGUAAUGGCGGAAAACUGUCAAUUCGUAGGUCCAUAUCGCUUGGAGAAGACACUGGGCAAGGGUCAAACCGGUCUCGUUAAGCUAGGCGUACAUUGUGUGAUUGGAAAAAAGGUAGCCAUUAAAAUAAUCAAUCGUGAGAAACUUAGCGAAUCAGUGCUCAUGAAGGUUGAACGGGAAAUAGCCAUUAUGAAACUAAUCGAUCAUCCGCACGUGCUUGGUCUGAGCGAUGUAUAUGAAAACAAGAAAUAUUUGUAUCUGAUAUUAGAGCAUGUUUCUGGCGGUGAGCUUUUCGAUUAUCUCGUUAAAAAAGGUCGGCUUACGCCAAAGGAGGCGCGCAAGUUUUUUAGGCAAAUCAUAUCCGCGCUUGAUUUCUGUCAUUCACACUCCAUAUGCCAUCGGGACUUGAAGCCAGAGAAUUUGCUGCUAGAUGAAAAAAAUAACAUUAAAAUAGCGGACUUUGGUAUGGCCUCACUUCAACCAGCUGGUAGCAUGUUGGAAACCUCGUGCGGAUCCCCACACUAUGCCUGUCCAGAAGUCAUACGGGGUGAAAAAUAUGAUGGACGCAAGGCGGACGUAUGGUCUUGUGGUGUCAUACUGUAUGCCUUACUGGUUGGAGCGCUGCCCUUCGAUGAUGAUAACUUGCGCCAGCUGCUAGAAAAAGUGAAGCGAGGAGUGUUUCAUAUUCCGCAUUUCGUUCCGCCCGACUGCCAAAGCUUGCUACGUGGUAUGAUUGAAGUUAAUCCAGAUAGACGUCUAACGUUGGCUGAAAUAAAUCGUCAUGCCUGGGUCACGGCUGGUGGCAAAGGUGAGUUGGAGUUGGAACUGCCCAUGAUGGAGGUGGUGCAAACACAUGUCAUACCAACAGCGACCGCUGUAGAUCCGGAUGUUUUAAAUGCCAUAUGCUCGCUGGGCUGCUUUAAGGAGAAAGAUAAACUGUUACAGGAACUGUUGAGCGCCAGCCACAAUACCGAAAAGGUUAUUUACUUUCUACUUCUGGAGCGCAAGCGGCGCCGUCCUGCACUGGAGGAUGAUGAAGAAAUUGCACUAAAAUCACGUAGCGAAUUAGAUGCAGUAGAUCCACCACGCAAGCGGUUGGACAAGUGUCGUAUUAAUGGCACUAGUGCGCCCAGCUACGGACAGAUUUCUGAGGGUUCACCAUUGACGCCGCGACGACAGGCCUUCAACUUUCGAUCAUACAGCAGCACACGUAACCAUCAACGACGCUCACCAACGACGGUGUCAACGUCGGUACGCAGCUCUUCAUAUCAUAGUCCAACUCGUUGCAACUCACCAAUGAGCUUAACGCAGCAGCAGGCUAAUGCGAUAUCGCGGCCAACCUCGCCUGCAGCAGGAUCACGCCAUUCAACUUACGGCGAUCGAGAGCGUUCCGGAUCGGUACAUCAUCCUUCGGUUAGUCGAACGCCAUCUCACAGCUCACAGAAAAGCAUUGAGGGCGAUGUGAUAGUCGUCAGGGAGCCGCGUCUUGAGCGCCGUGAUUCCGCUCGCCAAGCGCAGGAACGCAGUGGCGGUGGCUCUCCGCGAGAGCGUGGAGAUUGUGUCCCAUCGUCUAAAAGUCCGGUGGGCGAUUCGUGUGGCAAUUCCGCGACAGCUUUACCCUCGGUGCAUCAUCGCGCUACCUCAGGUCCGACAAUUGCCAUUGUUGUAAAUCCUAAUGGAUCGCCGUUGCUUAACAAUAGUAAUCCUGGUAUACCAGGCUCGCCCUGCAAUACGCCUGGAGGGCAGCUGUGGAAAACCCGACUCACCAACAUUAAGAACAGCUUUCUUGGCAGUCCGCGUUUCCAUCGGAGGAAAAUGCAGGUCUCCGCUGAUGAGGUGCAUUUAACGCCAGAAUCAUCGCCAGAGCUUACCAAACGCUCCUGGUUUGGCAACUUGAUAACAACGGAAAAGGAUGAAACAUUCACCAUAUUGGUGAAGGGCAAACCUAUUGCAACCGUCAAAGCGCAUUUGAUACAUGCAUUUUUAUCCAUGGCUGAAUUAUCUCAUAGUGUAGUUUCACCCACAUCUUUCCGCGUGGAGUAUAAGCGUAACGGAAACGGAUCAGUUAUGUUUCAACGUCACGUCAAAUUUCAGGUUGACAUUAGUCCCAUAUGUAAACAAGGUGAUAUUGCAGAUAUGCUAUUUGCUUUAACGUUUACACUGCUAUCAGGCAACAUUAGGCGCUUUCGUCGAAUUUGCGAGCACAUACAAUCCCAGGUCUGUUCUAAACGUUUUCCGGGUCCAAGCAGUCCACCAACAGUAGCCUCAGUCACUCAAGCGGUCUCAGAAAGCUCCUCCUGUGGCUCUGUGUCGAGCGAACGAUUGUCUUAUAAGCGACAGGUGAUUGAAAAUGAUUUGGAAAAUGAUUCAAUAUUUUCGUACAAAUCGGGAAGUGGACGUCGGGCUUCGACGACGAAUAACAACAAUGCUAAUGCUGUGGAUGUAUCUGACAGUCCAAUUGCAGUGCGUUCAAAUUCUGAAACAGCUGAACACGACCGCAACCGUAAGCUGCAGAGUGAUAGACAGGCGACAACGAUGUCCGGGAGUGCAAUUGCAUGAGAAUUAUUUCUCUGAUUUAGUUACGUUUUUUCCAAAAAUAUUUAUUUUAAGCUACCACAAAAUAAAACCCUUUAUUAAAAUUAAGUCAUCAAAUGGAACAAAUGAUAAAUUGAAGCUGUAAUUCUUUGAAAAUA